ACAGUCGACAUCUGACAGUUUCUAAAGUAUGGUUGCAGUGUUCAGUGGAAAAUAUUCAAUUAAGGUAAGCGAUUUUGUUGUUCAUUUUACAUAUGGUUUUUUUUUGUGAAUUUAUUGGUUUGCUAUUGUGUUAAAUAUUUCUGAUAUACAUAUGUUUCUUUUUAUCUAUGGGUAAUACUGGUUUUAAUUCUCUCUUCCCAACUUGUUUGCAGGUCUUCUAGGUAUUUAUGAUUCUUGUAUCUAUAGAUAUACUUCUCUUAAAAUAAAAUGUGUGUACUAUAGGUGAUUUUAUUCUUAAGCAUUGUUUCCACCGGAGGAACAAAUAGCAACAUGUAGCAACAUUUUUGUUGCCUGUGUUUCUUCUUGUUUGUAAAUUUAGGAACUUAUUAGCAACAAAUGUAAACUUUUUAUUUCCACUGACAGAACUUUUUGUUUCCGGUCGUUUCUGAUAACUGAGAGAGAGCAACUUAGUGUUUCCACCGCGGUUGGUAAACAUGGAUCAAGAUGAUGAAAUAGCUGCAGCAGCGGCGGCCUAUAUAGUGUUGUCGGCAAAAAAGAAAAAAAGAAAGCACAAAUGUUGGGUGAAACCAAGUCUCUGUGAUAGAAGUGAAUAUGGUGGCAUGCAUCUACUCAAUGUAUUAAAAAAAGACGAUGUAUACAUAGGAAAUAAUAAAAAUAAUGGUAGUGUCAAAAUUUUUUUACGAAUGUCCAGCACCGAUUUUGAAUGGUUAUUAUGUCAAAUUGCCCCCAAAAUACAGAAAGAAGAUACAAAUUAUAGACAAGCCAUUUCACCAAUGGAACGACUACUGCUCACACUGCGAUUCCUCAACAGGCGAUUCUUACCAUUCCUUGAUGUACUUGUUCAAAAUUUCGGUAUCAUCAAUUAGUAGAAUUAUACCAGAAGUAUGUAAAGUAAUCGCUGAAGUUCUGAAGGAUAAACUUAAGAUGCCUCAGAGUAGAGAGGAGUGGCUUAUUACGGGACAUCAAUUCGCUAAUCUUUGGAAUUUUCCUAAAUGUGCCGGGGUUAUGGAUGGCAAACACAUUAUGAUACAAGCACCAAAACGUAGUGGCAGUGAAUUUUAUAAUUAUAAGUCCUUCUUCAGUGUGGUGUUAUUUAUUGUGGCCAACGCAAAUUAUGAGGUGAUGUAUCUUAAUGUGGGCAGCCAAGGUCGUAUAUCCGACGGUGGAGUGUUUGACAGUACUCAUUUCAAAAAAAUGUUAUAUCAAAACACGCUCAAUUUGCCUGAAUUAGAACCAUUGCCAGGAAGAACAAAAGCUGUUCCGUUUGUUUUUCUAGGAGAUGACGCUUUUCCCCUAUCACCAAACUUAUUGAAACCUUACCCUGGCACUCAAGAGAAAGGUUCCUCAAAACGAAUUUUUAAUUACCGCUUGUCACGCGCUAGGCGUAUUUCUGAGAACGUUUUUGGAAUCAUGUCUGCUAGGUUCAGGGUAUUAAGAAAACCCAUGCUACUUGAACCCGACAGAGUGGAAUUAGUUGUUGCUGCAUGUGUAUAUCUCCAUAAUUUUCUGAGAAGCAGUUUACAUUCCCGAAAGUCAUACUCACCUCCUGGCACCUUUGAUUCAGAAGACAAAGAUACGGGCGAAAGGAUCCCAGGUUCUUGGAGAAACGAAAUAAACAACAAUAUGUUUGCAUCACUGCAAAAACAAGCACGUAAUUCAACGUUGGAAGCUAAACAAGUUCGAGAUGAAUUUGCUCAAUAUUUUAUGUCACCCGAAGGAAUGGUUCCAUGGCAAAAUAAUUUUUAACUUUGUAUAAAAAUUACAAAUAAAACAAAAAAAAAUACGUACCUCACUUGUAGUUAUUCCUUUUUCAGUACAUUUUCUAACUUUGUUCCUGCCCGCAAGAAACAACAAGACUUCAUAAGCAAACCACUUUGAAAUAAAUACGGCGCCGGCUCCCGACUUUUUUAACGUACGAUAUUUUUUUCUUUCUCUAUAGAAUUGUGCAAUAACAUUUUUCAUUUUUCUUUUCACUUCUUCUAUAUUUGAGCCUGUUUUUUCUGCCAAUGUUGUCCAAGCAUCGUGUUUCGCAUUUCUACAUUUAUACUGGGCGUGCUUUGUAUUCCAUAAACACUCACAAAGCUUAUAGUUUUCGAUUAAUUCGAGUACUAACUCAUUUGUCCACAUGAACGGCAUUUUUCUAUUUUUUCACACGUCCGACCGACUAUAAAUUAUUCCACGUUCGCCGUCGAGCUGCACUAGACAAAAACAAGUCACUACAA